ACUCAGCAUACAGACAGCAUUAGGGAAGAAGUAAGGCAAUUUCAGCAUGAAAUGGAUAGCAAGAUUGAGUCAAUUGAUUUGGUGAUAAAGCAAUGGAAAACAGUAUGCAUGGCAAGAAAGAGUGACAUGAAUGAAUGGAUGGCAAAGAUAGCACAAUCACUUGAACACAUUGAGUUGAAACAGAAAGACCUGGCAGAAGUAAUCAGACAUAUUCAAGGGAAGCAUAGUCGACUAGAGUCAACUGUCAACAAAAUGAAGGACAAAUCUGAAUCAAGAUGGAGCGACUUGGGAGAAGUAAUGAGGGGAAUGAGAAGAACAACCCAGAAAACAGAUUUGGAGAGGAGGUUACAAGAAGAGGAGCUAAGACAAAUAGUUUCUGCGGUUAAGCAAAGUGUAGUACUACGUACUGCGGAGCAUGAUGAAGCUAUCUUUGCUUUGAACAAAUUGUUGCAAACUGCAAGACAGGAAUCUGAAGUGACACAAAAGAAUGUAAAUGAGCAAAUUGGAGCUCUGGUUGAAGAAAUUAACAAAAGACUGCUGGACUCUGAAACAAAGACAAGGGAUGAUGUGGAAAGCAAAAUAACAAAAAUGGAGUUUGCAUUGAAAGAUGAGAUUGGAGUGCAGUUUGGUGUUAACAAGGAACAGCAGACUCACAUUGAACAACAGCUGGAGGCACUUACUAAAAGAGUUGAUGAUCAAGUUGAAGCUGUUUACAAUGGCUUUAAGGUGGAUCGAAUGCAAGUAUCUCAAAGUCUAAACCAACUGCAAGAAGCAGUUUCUUUAAUUGAGAGUCAAGGCGAUGUACAAAGUCACAAUUUGAAGCAAGUCAUUGUAGCUGAAGUUAAAAUGAGACAUAAAGAGUUAGAUCAACUCCAACAGCAAUGUUCAGAAGUACAAGAGAGAAUGAAUAAUGCGCUUCCCCAACUGUUUCAGUUGUUUACGACAAUGUCCAGUCAGAUGACAGAUACUGGACAACAAGUGCAGUCUGAAGUAAAGGUAAGGUUGGCUGCAAGUCGGGAACAGACUAUUAGACAACUUGGUGAUUUGGAGAUUCGACUCACUUCUCUUGGUGAUAAGAUUAGCCGUUUAGCAGAAUCUAAUACGUCACAAAUACAGGAGGUGUAUCACAAGAUGAAGGACGCUCAGCAAUCGGGUGUAGCUUCAGUUACUGACAGUCAUUUAUUGACUGAGAACAGAGUGAAAGAGUUGCAGAGUCAGUUGUUAGUACUCUCCAACCAGAUAGCUGAAAAUGUUGAACGACUUCAGCUUUUAAGAGUAGAUGUGAACAGUCGACUGGAAGCAGAAAAACAGCUAAUACUGCAAGAGGGCCGAGCAGUGAGAAAAGAGCUUGGAUCAAAGGUAAAUCAAGAUGCAUUUCAACAGAUGAAUGGUGAUGCAGGGUCACGUGUUGCUAAAACGGAAGAAAAACUAGCUCAGGUUUUGACACAAAUAGUGGAGCUGGAAACUGGUCUUCAUAACCUUAAACUUGAUCUAAACGGAAAAAUAUCAUCUGAAGCAACAAUGAGAGUAGAGAUGCUAUUAGGAUCAAAUGAGAGGUUGAUUAAUGUUGAGUCACGACUCGCUCAAUUGGAGCUACUAGUUCAUCACCCAAUAGAUGCGGAAUCAACUACUACCAUACCUCUAGUUGGUGAUCAGUCCAAUAGUACUGAGACAGAACACGAGGUAAACGCCAUCCAUCAACACAUAGAUCAAGAGCUUGGCACAAUAGAGAAUGAAGGGCAUACAGCAGAAAAGCAGAUGUUACAAGAACAGCUCAAUAACAACGUUGCAGAGUCUGAAUUUAGCUUUCGUGAGAGGGUUGUUGGUGAGACACACAGUGAAGGCAGAUCACUCAGUGAAGGCAAAGCACACAGAGAGACUACUGAAGGACAGCCAGACAACCAUGCACAGCCUGAAGGCGGGUCACGUUCACAAAGUGAAGUUUCUCAAGAGAGUCAUUUUAAUGAUGUUGAAUCAGAUGUAGCAGAGUCAGUAUUAGGACAAAAACGAAAUCAAGAUUUGACCAAUAGUCUUGAAAGACACGAGAGUUUUUAGCAGUAUCACUAAGUAACAGGAGCAGCUUUCAACAUCUGAUAGAAACAUAGGAAUCUACAUCA